AUGGUUGGGCUGGAGAACGAGCCUGUUCCUGAGCUUGAGCUCUGGCUUGUAGUUCCGGGGAUUGUUUCUGUGCCAGAAGUAGUAGAACUUGAUGUCACGGUACCUGAAGUGGUGCCCGUUGACGAACCAGGGAUCGAAGUGGUGCCAGUAGACGAGCUGGGGAUUGAGCUGGUGCCCGUCGUCGAACCAGGAGUCGAAGAGGUGCCAGUAGAUGAGCUAGGGAUCGAACUGGUGCCCAUCGACGAACCAGGAAUCGAGCUGGUGCCACUAGACGAACCAGGAAUCGAGGAGGUGCCAGUAGACGAGCUAGGGAUCGAAAUGGUGCCCGUCGACGAACCAGGAAUCGAAAAGGUGCCAGUAGAUGAGUUAGGGAUCGAGGUGGUGCCAGUGGACGAACCAGGGAGCGUCGAGCUGGUGCCAGUAGAUGAGCCAGGGGUCGAAGUGGUGCCCGUCGACGAACCAGGGAUCGAAGAGGUGCCAGUAGAUGAGCUAGGGAUCGAACUGGUGCCCAUCGACGAACCAGGAAUUGAGCUGGUGCCACUAGACGAACCAGGAAUCGAAGAGGUGCCAGUAGACGAGCUAGGGAUCGAAAUGGUGCCCGUCGACGAACCAGGAAUCGAAAAGGUGCCAGUAGAUGAGUUAGGGAUCGAGGUGGUGCCAGUGGACGAACCAGGGAGCGUCGAGCUGGUGCCAGUAGAUGAGCCAGGGGUCGAAGUGGUGCCCGUCGACGAACCAGGGAUCGAAGAGGUGCCAGUAGAUGAGCUAGGGAUCGAAAUGGUGCCCGUCGACGAACCAGGGAUCGAAGAGGUGCCAGUGGAUGAGUUAGGGAUCGAAGUGGUACCAGUGGACGAACCUGGGAGCGUUGAGCUGGUACCAGUAGACGAGUCAGGAAUCGAAGUGGUGCCAGUAGAUGAGUUAGGGAUCGAAGAGGUGCCAGUAGAUGAGCUAGGGAUCGAACUGGUGCCCGUCGACGAACCAGGAAUCGAAGAGGUGCCAGUAGAUGAGCCAGGUAUCGAGCUGGUUCCAGUAGUCGAUAUGCUCCGCGUGUUAGUAGUGGAAGAUGUAUCUGUUGAAGAAGUCUCGGUCGUCGACGAGGAGGGCGUGAAUGAGCUCGAUGCCCCUGUCCCCGAAGAAGUCGUUAUUGGCUGGGUCAAAGUGUGGUUAGACCAGGGGCCAGAGUAUGUGCAAGAAGUUGAUGAGCUCUCUCCAGUUGAAAGCGUUAUAGUGCCCGAGGAUAAUGUGAACGACGAAGCGGUGCUAGUAACUAACGUAGACCCUGUUGACGACCUGGUAAUGGGGAUUGAUGAGGAGUUGGUGUGUAUGUACGUGGUCGUUGUAGAGGAGAGAGUCAAGACUGUGGACGAUGUGCUUUCUGCGGAAGAGCUAAACCCCGUGGCAAGUGUGGACGAGGAUCCGGUCCCGGGAGUUGAUGGAAUAGUGAACGAAAAUGUAGACGAGUUAGUCCAGCUAUACGACGAAGAUGUGGAAGGAAUUGACGUCGAGCCAGUCCCAGUUCCUGGGAAGGAGGUGGUACUGAAUGGAAUGGACGAGGUCUCUGAUCCAGUGGAAGAAGUCAAGGUGACAUCAGUGGAAGUUCUGCUGCUAAUCGUAGUUGGCGUGGUCAAGGUAGUCGAGGAGGAGGAUCCCGAGAUGGCGGCAGUAGAAGAGCUCCCAAUGGGGAUACUGGUUGAGUAG